CAAAAACAAUAAUCAUUCUGUCUUUCAACAAUAAAUUUUAAUACCUAAUUAGAGAUUGUUAAACACAUUAUUAUCGUAUAAAAAUUAUGUAAAUCGUGCCACAAUUUGAAACCAUGUGUAGAGAAACGAAAUGGGUAUAGAUAACACAGAAACUGCUCCAGACAUUCCCAAACUUUUGAAAAUGAUAACAUGCCGAGUGUGCAUGCAACAAAAUGAUGAACAAUUCAUCUCUAUAUUCUCAACCGUGGAUAACACAAACAUAGCAGAAGCAAUAACUAACUGCUGCUCUGUCCAGCUUACCCAAAAUGAUGGACUACCAGACCAAAUUUGCCACACUUGCGUUCAGGAUGUCAAGCUCAUCAUAUCUUUUAUUAUUAAAGUUCAGGAAUCUGAUUUCAAAUUGCGACAGCUCAUGACACCAAACGACGAUCAAAGCUCCACAUUCGAGAUGGUAGUUGUUAAAACAGAAUCCUCUGAUGAAAGUCGGAAUAGUGCUGACGUGUUUUCAAAAGAUGUUGAAACAUGUUCAACUGAAGACGAUACUUUGAACAAAUUGCGCAACACCCGCAAGAAAGGCACACAUGUUCAGCAUGUUUCCAAGAAGAAAGUCAAGCGAAAAGUCCCGCCUAAAACGGAACCAUUGCGUGGGAACGAUUCUUUUGAAUCUACCGAUAAGGUUAUUGGUGAUAAGGAAACGGAUAUGUUCCAGGUGAUCAAUCUACCAAGUAAUAGCUUUGUAUGUUGUAGUUGUUGUGAGAUAUUUGACUGCUUGGAAGCACUUGAGGUACACGUUGAGAUGCACACAAAGAAUACUGCAAAGAAAACCGAUUCCAUUUACUGCACAGUUUGUAAAAGAAAGUUUAAGAAACAUGCAGCUUUAAAACGACACCAGAAGAAUGUUAACACACUCACGCAGCUAUUCGAAUGUGUUAAAUGCAAGCUACGCUUCAUGAACAGUGCUGGUAGAAGAAUGCACACCCAGAAGCACCCGAAGAACAUAGAUGAAAAGAUAAAACUAGAAUAUGGUGAAAUCCUAUGCUGCGUUCAAAAUUGUUCGAAACCUUUUGAAACAGAAGAACUGUUAAUACAGCAUGGUCGUGAGGCACAUAAAUUAAACAAGCGAGCAUACGAACUGGGCGAUACUGCUUUGAAGCCAGUGGAAUGUCCUGUGUGCUUCAAAAGAUUUCCAUCGGAACGGUUGCUUCGUCGUCACAAAAAACGAAACUCAAGACCAUUGAAUCAUCAGUGUGCCACGUGCGGGUUGAAAUUCCGCACUAAAGAUGUUCUUGCACUUCACGAACUGAACCAUGAAAAUCAGAAGCCAUUCCAGUGUGAUGUUUGUAAAAAAUAUUUCUCCAGCAAAAGCUCGGUGAAGGUUCAUCAAAGAAGUCACUCAAACGAAAGACCGUUCAUUUGUUCCACCUGUGGAGCAGGAUUUUUCCAAAAAGCUCAACUUACAAUUCAUGAGCAUAACCAUACGAACGCACCGUUGCCGUUUCAGUGUGAAGUUUGUGAUAAAACAUUUAAAAUGAAAAACUAUCUCAUAAAUCAUAUGCGUCAGCACACAGGAGAGAGGCCAUACCCUUGUCGCCAUUGCCCAAUGUCUUUCUCGAACUAUACUAAUCGGCAAAGACAUGAAAUGAAUCAUACUGGCAAUAAACCAUUCAAGUGCAGUUAUUGUGAUAAAACAUUCACCAUCAAACGGCUUCAGCUAGAGCACGAGUGUAAACAUACAGCCCUAUCGCACUCUUCUUUACGCUGCUGGAAAUAUAACCUGUAUAAACGGUGCUUCGGAGCGUGCACCUGCCUUGAACUGACUGAGUUGCUGAAAACUACCCAAAAACGCCACAUCAACGUCAGAGUACACCAACAAAGCAUCCCAGCCAAGGAUAAUCUCUCUCGUUACAAUCUGAAGAACGUGAAGAUCCAGAAAACUAAAUAAAUUGUGCCACAAACGAAUGAUGUAUUGUAAUUCAGAAUCAAUAUUUUGUAAAUCCCACACUCCUCACAUUCCUUUACUAGUUCUAGGGGAGUAUGCCGCCCCCUUAAUACGGCGUUCCUUCUUCUCCAAUAACAACAAGACAAUCGGCCACGUUAAGCUAAAGCAAAUGAGCCAAAUAAAAAUUUUAUUAAAAAAACCACACAAGUGUCAGAUUUAAACCAAAAGUUAAAAUUAACCGCGAAAUGGUUCACAGCCUUAAUCGCCUAGUCGGCUGAUGAAGAGCAGGAAAUAUUUCGUAAACCUCUUGGUGACGAUUUAGAUGGGAGAGUUUGACCAAUGAAAAAGAGGAUUGAGGAAGUUGAAGUUGAAAUGAUCAUCACGGCGGAGUUUUUUCAAGUGUCGAUAAGUUUUUUCAAGGAGAUGAGAGUAGAAUCUCUCACAAGACCUGGUAAGGCAGCGCGAGAGUUGAUAAUUUUUUUUUAUUUUUUUGAGAGAAAAAAAAGAAAAACUAGUUUUUGGCAGCACCAUGAGCGAACAAUGCGAAUCGGACAAGAACAGAUAUGAAUGGAGAGAUAUUCAGACAGUAAGCUGUAUUGAAAUCAAAUUCGAUAAACUAGACGAUACAUUGUCGAAAUGACAUGGUUAUAGAAGGAAAUAAAACAAGAAAUGGAAAGGAAAAGGACAGUGAGCGAAACAAUGUAAUAAAAUCAAGGAAGAGGACAUUCAAGCUUUAAGGGAUUCAAUUACGGAUCACAUUGAACAACAUAGAGAACGUUUUGAACUUUUCAUAAUAUAAAGCUUGGAACAGUAAGGCUUUGAAAACCUUCUAGAAUAUGUUAAAAGUAUGGGUACGUGGUUAGGGUUUGAAGCACUAGUGGCAAUAUCAGAAAUGCUUGACAAAUACAUCAUCAUAUUUCAAAAAGAGAAUCCAAGCUAGACGAUCGGAAUAGAGAAAACAAAUGAGCAAGAUAUAAUAAGGAUUCUAUAUACAGGUGAAACCGUACAAACCACUAUGACAGCAUAGAGGAAAUCACACGGCGGCGGAGUAUAAGAACACGGAUAGGACAGCAAAAAUGGAAGAGUUAGUGGAAACACAUGGGGAUGAGAAGCAAAUGGAAAUUGAGGAAAUCGGAUUCAAUGGAGAGAUUGAAAACAGGAGAAAAGAAGCCGACAGGAAAUCUAGCGAGGAAAACAAGCGGAACCUGCAGAAAAGGCAAUUGAAGAAAGAAAAGAAAAUAGACACAUUCUCAGAACAGGAGUGAUGGAGGAUUAAGAAAUAUGACAAUAAAGAGGAAUAGAAACGGGGAUGGAAUGGAAGCCAAAGAGCAGAAUGACAAGUUGUUAUUCUUUCGCAAACGAUUCAAAAGAACUAGUAAGUGAGCAACAUUGUUUUGUUGAACAACGAAAGUUCUCUAAUCUUUUCAAAAGAACUCAAAGUUGAAUUGUAUAAGAAAGUGUAUUUAUAAUUGUAUAUUUCGAAAGGGUUCUUGUACUUAAGAGAGCAGUAGAAAUUGUUUAUUUUAG